AUGGUCGACCACACUCCAAUCCUGCCCGAGAUCCACGACUUUCUGGUGUCUCUUGCCUUCCAGGCGGGCGAGAUUAUCACCAAUGCCCUCCCCGACACCAGUGGCACCGGCUCGAAGAAAAACAGUGCCGAUCUGGUCACCGAGUAUGACCGUGCAGUGGAGAAGAUGAUCUCGACCUCCCUGAAGGAGCGGUAUCCGGACUACGAGUUCCACGGCGAGGAAACAUAUGACCCGGCGCGUCCAUUGACCGACGCCCCGACAUUUGUUGUGGACCCAAUCGACGGAACGGUCAACUUUGUCCACAGCUUCCCCUACGCCUGCGUCUCUCUCGGCUUCGCGGUGGGGCGAAUACCGACAGUAGGUGUGGUGUACAACCCAUCCACCCAGACGCUGUAUUCUGCCAUUCGGGGCCAGGGAGCCUUCCUCAACCGAAAGACUCCCCUGCCCCUCAAGGGCGAUAAUACAGAACCCCUGACCGGCCUAGAGAAUGCGCUCAUCGGCGUCGAAUGGGGCUCGGAUCGCAAUGGGAAAAACUGGGACACCAAGAUCCGCACGUUUGAGAAACUGGGCAAAUCCAAGGAAAAUGGCGGAGCCAUGGUUCGGUCAAUGCGCAGCAUGGGCUCUGCGGCGCUGAACCUUUGCGCCGUUGCGGACGGCACGCUGGACCUGUACUGGGAAGGCGGCUGCUGGGCGUGGGAUGUCUGCGCCGGAUGGGUCAUCCUGACCGAGGCCGGGGGGAUCAUGGCAGACGGAAGCCCCGGAGGGUGGGAGCCGCGCCUGGAUGGGCGCAAGUACCUCGCUGUGCGCGGCGCUCCCAAUGGCAGCGGACAGCGAGAGCUAGUGGAAGAGUUCUGGAGCCAUGUACAGGGUGAACUAGAAUAUUGA